AUGCUCAGGCUCAAAAUGAUAAGGACUCAUAACAUGUUCAGCAUGGUUCAAGCUAUUACGGUCCUGACUAUUCUCAAAAUGCUCGCCAAUGCUCAAACGACGUGCAACGGCGGGGCAGGCAGAGUAGUUUACGAGAGAUUACCAGAUCAACAGCUUCAAGGAUUCGACGACGAAGUGAUACGAGACUCGGCGCCGCCCUUCCGAGUUCUAGAAAAAUGUCAAGACCUGUGUCUACGUGAUCGCGCUGGCUCUAAUAACCUACCGAGACCCUGCGCAACAAUUGAUUUUCAACCGGGGACUCGAAUCAAUUCGUUUAAUGGUGCACCCGAGUACGAGGAGAGUACGUGUUACUUGACGAGAGAGCAAGCCAUGCCCGAGGGGAUAGGGAAUCUAAUGCUGGUCCCCAAUAGCGUGCACUUCGUGGAGGUCUGCCUCAACUCUAACCAAAUUGAGAGGAAUUGUCCGAACCGUCGAUACGUCUUCGAGAGACAUCCCCGAAAAAAACUGAAACUUCCGGCGACUGACGUGAAGGAAGUGAGCGCGCCCAACAGAACAGUGUGCGAGGACAGGUGUUUGAAUGAAUUCAGCUUCAUCUGUCGCUCCGCCACCUUCGACUCGAUGACCCGCAGCUGCUUAUUGAGUCGCUUCACCCGCAGAACUCAUCCGGAAUUACUCGAGGAUGACGCAAACUCCGAUUACCUGGAGAACACAUGCUUGAAUGCUGAACGCCGCUGCGAUGGAUUAGCAGUAUUCGUAAAAGAAGAGAACAAGCGCUUCCGCGGGCCCUUCGAGGUCGACAUUUACACAAACGUGACAUUAGAUGAGUGUCAGGCGCUGUGUCUUCGCGUGGAGAAGUAUUUCUGUCGCAGUGUCGAGUACGACGAGCAGACUCGACAGUGCGUUAUAUCGGAGGAGGAUUCAGUGUCCCAGAAGGACGACAUUGGGAUGAGCCUCAGCCCGUCGCACCACUUCUACGAUCUCGUGUGCUUGGAUAACCCCCGUGGCUCGGAGUACCCCGACAACAACGUCGCGUCCCACCUCUACCCCGACGGCAGACGUCCAGACACAGCCUUCCAGCGGUACCGGAACUCCCGCCUCAGCGGGGAGACCCACUCGGAGAUCACGGGUAGGAGCCUGAGCGAGUGCUUGGAUGAGUGUCUCAGACAGACUAGCUUUCAGUGCCGGAGUGCUGUGUACUCCGAGCACUACAAGAGCUGUCGUCUCAGUAGAUUCAAUCAGCGGGAUGGGCACAGAAUCAUGUACGACGCUGACUCUGAUUACUACGAGAAUCUCAUGCACCAAUAUUUAGAUGGAGACAGGGAUAACCCGGGUUACCGACCGGAUCCAGUGGGUCAGGACACCAACGUCGGACGCCCACUCCUCGGACGUCCCGGAUAUCCCGACGAUUACGACAAAAACUAUCCGCUUUCCCACGGAGAUCGUUACCCGGAUCACUACCCCCUCCCGGGGGACAGAUACCCGAGCAGUAAAUACCCCAGUCAUUACCCGGACGACCGUUACCCGGAGCACAAGCCCGAGAGAUACCCCGGCGAUCGUUACCCGUCGGACAGAUAUCCCCUCGUGGGGGACAGGUACCCCAUCCGCGGGGACCGCUGGCCCGUCAACGGGGAGAACUACCCGAGCCCGGGGUACCCGGGGCACCGGUACCCUCCAGUGGGUAACCGGUAUCCAGUCGGCAGCGGGGGUCGGUACCCAGCGCCCGCGGAUCGGUACCCCAUCAGGGAUGAUUACCCGAGCCCUGGGGGUCGGUAUCCCGUACCCGAGGAUCCACUGACGCGUUAUCCUAGUGGCGGGGGUGCUGGAGGAUCCAGAUUGCCUACGGGGAGAUAUCCUGGGGAUCGGUAUCCUGAGAAGGAUCCGUAUCCACAUCGUGACAGAUAUACCCCGCACCUGGGAGGUAACGGUUUGUACCCAGGCUACGAGGACGACGUGCGUGGAACGAAGGGAUACGAACGCCCCCACUACCCGGGCCCCCCUGGGCCCCUGCCGGUCAGGCCCGUCAGUCUGGGUGGAUACGACGGCGGAAUGGACGGGCUCAUGCCCGAGGGGGACCCCUACAACGCCCGACCGGUCGGUACCGGGGGCGGUCCGAUCAUCGGUCGACCUCCUCUCCUUUCUCGCUGCGACGAGCAGGAGAAUUUCCGUCAAGUCAGCCAGGGGAUGCGCGUUCGCAAGUCCUUCGUGAGGCGCUACACAACCGCCUCGACGCUGCCCGAGUGCGAGCGCGAGUGCGCCGACGCGAGGGAUUUCGUAUGCAGAUCGUUCAAUUUCCGGCCCUACGCUGCGCCGUACGGAGCCGAGAGGGACAACUGCGAACUUAGCGACCGAGACUCCAGGGACAUGGCCAUGGGGAAUCCGAUUUAUUAUGAUACAGCAUCGGAUUACGACUUUUAUGAACGGAAUAAUGGGAGACAGGGCGCUGACGGCGAGUGUCUUGAUGUCAGCCAAGUGUGCAAUGAAGAUGGGAUGGAAUUCACGUUGAGGACUCCCGAGGGUUUCAUCGGUAGAAUCUACACCUAUGGCUACUACGAUCGCUGUUUCUUUCGGGGGAAUGGAGGGACAGUCAAUGUAUUGAGGAUCAGCGGGGCUCAGGGGUACCCCGAGUGUGGAACUCAAAGGUACGGAGACACAAUGACAAACAUUGUGGUAGUCCAAUUCUCCGACUACGUUCAAACCGGAAGGGAUAAGCGCUUCAACCUCACGUGCCUCUUCCGAGGCCCCGGUGAAGCUGUCGUCACUUCCGGCUACAUCGGCGCUGGGUACGACAGUAGAUCCGGUUCGCCGAUUCCCAUCGAGUACCUGCCCGCCGAGAAUACACUGAGUUCAAAGGUGCGAUUACUGAUUUUGUAUCAAGGAAGACCCACCACGACCAUUGCGGUGGGCGAUCCCCUCACUUUCAGGCUCGAGGCUCAGGACGGGUAUAAUUAUGUUAGCGACAUAUUCGCAACGAAUGUCAUCGCUCGGGAUCCUUAUUCUGGGCGGAGUGUGCAGCUAAUUGAUCGAUAUGGUUGCCCAGUCGACAACUACGUCUUCCCGGGGCUCGAUCGUCUCCGCGAGGGUGACAGCCUCGAGGCCCGUUUCAAUGCCUUCAAAAUCCCCGAAUCCAAUUUCCUAGUGUUCGAGGCAACAGUGAGGUCGUGUCGUGACGGUUGUCAGCCGGCUUACUGCUCCGGAAGUGCUGGUCGCAGUGAGCCAUCCUUCGGGAAGCGCAGGCGAAGGUCCCUCGAGCCCAUUCCCGAGGGAUUGAUCGCCGAAAUUCCUGCGAGAAAUGACACUGAAUUAAACGGUGAGGGCCUACCCGAGGAGGGGGAGGAAGAGGGAGAGGGAGAGGGGGAGGAGGAGGGCGAGGAGGAACACGUCAGGGAGAUGAUCGAAGUACUCGACUCGAGGUACGACAUGUACGAGGAUAAUUCCGUCAUUCAGAAGCAAGUGGCGAGUGUCGAGUCGAUAUGCAUAACUCCGAAUGAGUACUAUGGGCUUGUCACUGCUGUUGUGGGGCUUGUGGUACUUCUGUCGUCUGUCAUCAUGCUGUCUUUGUUGAUUUAUAGAAAAUAUGGAUAUUCAAUCAUUAGAAAAAAUCGAACGGUCGACAAGAGCCUCCACACGUCUCCAACCGGAGAAUCCACCAACACUCGAGUCAAUAAUUUUUCGUUCAUGAGAUCAGGCCUGCAGAAACCAUUCCAGACAUCAUCGUUGAGCCAGAUAUUCAAUCAUCACGAGUCGUCGUCGGCGAUGGAGGGUGCAGUUGGAUUGACCGUGAAUCGUCGCAGUGGCUUCGACCCGAGCGAGCCCAUAUACACGGACCCCUCGCUCUUCGAAGUAUCACGUGGCUCACUAGACCAAUUCAAAUCCACUCGAAACGAUAAUCUACAUUUGAUAUGAUUAGCCAAUGUCACUUCAUGAUUCAUGUUGUUUAAUUUUGAUGUGCCCCUUCGAUAUUGAGGGGGAGAGUCCUCAAUUAAUGUCAAAAAAUACGAAAAACAAUUUUUUAAAUAUAAUACUUACAGUUUAAGAAUAAAGG